GCAGCCCGCCCGCCGCCGACUGGGGGAAUGCGAGCCGGGCGCGGCGGCGCGGCGGCGUAGAGCUGUCAGCCCGGCCCCGGCCGCGCUUCCCCUCGCCCCAGCGGCCGCCAGCAGCCCCGCGCGCGCCAGCACGUGCGCCGGCCCGAGCCCCGCCGACGGCCGCGGAGCAUGCCCGGGGGCGCCCGGCGGCUCGUCCGAGGCCAGCUCGCGGCGGCGGCCCAGCGCGGCGGAGGACGGAGCCCGCGGCCGCGCCGAGCGGGGAUGCGAGCUCGUGCAGCCCUCCCGACACCUCCUGGGGCCUCCUCCCGCCAGGGGCUGCCACUGAGCCUGCUCAGACACUCCCUCAAGGGGUCCUCGGUGAAUUCUGUCAUGGUCAUUUAAGGAACCUUGCCUAGAAGUCGCCAGCUUGCAGUUCCCAUCAACGGGAAGGCCUGGACUCCAAGAUGAUCAUAAAGGAAUACCGGAUCCCCCUGCCAAUGACCGUGGAGGAGUACCGCAUCGCCCAGCUCUACAUGAUCCAGAAGAAGAGCCGCAACGAGACGCACGGCGAGGGCAGUGGUGUGGAGAUCCUGGAGAACCGGCCCUACACGGACGGCCCGGGCGGCUCCGGGCAGUACACGCACAAGGUGUACCAUGUGGGCAUGCACAUCCCGGGCUGGUUCCGCUCCAUCCUGCCCAAAGCGGCGCUGCGCGUGGUGGAGGAGUCCUGGAACGCCUACCCCUACACCCGCACCAGGUUCACUUGCCCUUUCGUGGAGAAAUUCUCCAUCGACAUUGAAACCUUCUAUAAAACGGAUGCUGGUGAAGACCCCGACGUGUUCAGCCUGACCCCCGUGGAAAAGAACCAGCUGACAAUAGACUUCAUCGACAUCGUCAAGGACUCCGUCCCCCCCAACGAGUACAAGACAGAAGAGGACCCCAGGCUGUUCCAUUCAACCAAGACCAAGCGGGGACCCCUGUCUGACAACUGGAUCGAGGAGUACAAGAAGGACGUCUUCCCUGUCAUGUGCGCCUACAAGCUGUGCAAGGUGGAGUUCCGCUACUGGGGCAUGCAGUCCAAGAUCGAGAGGUUCAUCCAUGAUACUGGCCUGCGGAGGGUGAUGGUGCGGGCCCACCGGCAGGCCUGGUGCUGGCAGGACGAGUGGUACGGCCUGAGCAUGGAGAACAUCCGGGAGCUGGAGAAGGAGGCGCAGCUCAUGCUCUCCCGCAAGAUGGCCCAGUUCACUGAGGACGGCGAGGCCGUGGAGUGCACCCCGGAGGACGCUGCCCAGGACCAGGCCUCCAGGGAGCCCCCGGAGCCCAGCAGCAGCAACGGGGAGCCCCUGGUGGGGCGGGGCCUGAGGAAGCAGUGGUCCACGUCCUCCAAGUCCUCGCGGUCAUCCAGGCGAGGAGCCAGUCCUUCCCGCCACAGCAUCUCGGAGUGGCGGAUGCAGAGCAUCGCCAGGGACUCGGAUGAGAGCUCCGAUGACGAGUUCUUCGACGCCCACGAGGACUUGUCUGACACGGAGGAAAUGUUCCCCAAGGACAUCACCAAGUGGAACUCCAAUGACCUCAUGGACAAGAUUGAGAGCCCCGAGCUGGAGGACACUCAGGAUGGUCUGUACAGGCAGAAUGCCCCCAAGUUCAGUGUGGCCUCCAGUGUGGAGCAGCUGAACAUCAUCGAGGACGAGGCCAGCCAGCCGCUGGCGGUGCCGCCCUCCAAGACACACGUGCUGCUGCUGGUGCUGCACGGGGGCACCAUCCUGGACACGGGCGCCGGGGAGCCCAGCGCCAAGCAGGGCGACGCCAACACCAUCGCCAGCGUGUUCGACACCGUCAUGCGCGUGCACUACCCCAGCGCCCUGGGCCGCCUCGCCAUCCGCCUGGUGCCCUGCCCGCCCAUCUGUUCCGACGCCUUUGCCCUUGUCUCCGACCUCAGCCCCUACAGCCACGAUGAGGGCUGUCUGUCCAGCAGUCAGGACCACAUCCCCCUGGCCGCCCUGCCCCUGCUGGCCACCUCCUCGCCCCAGUACCAGGAGGCGGUUGCCACGGUGAUUCAGCGGGCCAACCUCGCCUACGGGGACUUCAUCAAGUCCCAGGAGGGUGUGACCUUCAACGGGCAGGUCUGCCUGAUCGGGGACUGCGUCGGGGGAAUCCUGGCAUUCGAUGCCUUAUGCUACAGCGGCCAGACGGUGUCCGAAAGCCAGAGCAGCAGCCGCCGGGGCAGCGUGGUCAGCGUGCAGGACACUGACCUGCUGUCCCCGGACAUCCUGGUGGACUCGGCGCAUGGCCCCGGCAGCGGCGGUGGGGGCAGCGGGGCGAGCGGCUCCGGCCUGGAGGGCAGCCGGCACCUGAGCCGCAGCAACGUGGACAUCCCGCGCAGCAACGGCACCGAUGACCCCAAGAGGCAGCUGCCCCGCAAGAGGAGCGACUCAUCCACCUACGAGCUGGACACCAUCCAGCAGCACCAGGCCUUCCUGUCCAGCCUCCACGCCAGCGUGCUGCGGGCCGAGCCCGGCUCCCGCCGCUCAAGCAGCCCCACCGCGCUGGACAGCGCCGGCGCCCUGGGCAGGCUGGACUUCGAGAUUGCCGACCUCUUCCUCUUCGGCUGCCCGCUGGGGCUGGUCCUGGCCCUGAGGAAGACCGUCAUCCCCACGCUGGACGUCUUCCAGCUGCGGCCCGCCUGCCAGCAAGUUUACAACCUGUUCCACCCCGCGGACCCCUCCGCCUCACGCCUGGAGCCUCUGCUGGAGCGGCGCUUCCGUGCCCUGCCGCCCUUCAGCAUCCCUCGCUACCAGCGCUACCCGCUGGGGGACGGCUGCUCCACGCUGCUGGUCGAGACCGUGCAGAGAAACCCCGAGCUGCUCCUGGAGGGCGGGCCCCUGGCCCCCCUCCCACACGGGGACGGCUUCCUGGAAACCAGCAUCCCUGUGCCCACGCCCAGCGGGCAGGACGGGCCCCGCCAGAGCCCGGGCUGUGCUGAGUCCGACGUGCUCCAGUCCCAUGGCACGGUCUUCCAGGAGAACGCCACCCCCUCAUCGCCUGGCACAGCCCCCAGCGGCCGCGGCUUCCGCCGAGCCAGUGAGAUCAGCAUCGCCAGCCAGGUGUCGGGCCUGGCCGAGAGCUACACGGUGUCCAGCACUGCCCAGAAGGCCCCAGUGCUGCUCAGCCACACCCCCAGCGUCAGGCGCCUGUCCCAGCUCGCCCUGCCCCCCCCGCCCCACACCACCCCGGGCCCCCACUUGCAGGCUGGGCAGCCCAGCCCCAGCCUGGAGAGGGCCCCCUGCCUCCCCGGCCUGGACAUCGGAGAAGUUGCUGCAAAGUGGUGGGGUCAGAAGCGGAUCGACUGCGCCCUGUACUGCCCGGACGCCCUGACGGCCUUCCCCACCGUGGCCCUGCCCCACCUCUUCCACGCCAGCUACUGGGAAUCCACCGACGCGGUCUCCUUCCUGCUGAGACAGGUCAUGAGGCACGACAAUUCCAGUAUCUUGGAGCUGGAUGGCAAGGAAGUGUCAGUGUUCACGCCGUCAAAGCCCCGGGAGAAAUGGCAGCGCAAGAGGACCCACGUGAAGCUGCGGAACGUGGCAGCCAAUCACCGGAUCAGUGACGCACUGGCCAAUGAGGACGGCCCCCAGGUGCUGACCGGCCGGUUCAUGUAUGGGCCCCUGGACAUGGUCACCCUAACUGGGGAGAAGGUGGACGUGCACAUCAUGACGCAGCCGCCCUCGGGCGAGUGGCUGUACCUGGAUACGCUGGUGACCAACGGCAGCGGGCGCGUCUCCUAUACCAUCCCCGAGUCGCAGCGCCUGGGGGUGGGCGUCUACCCCAUCAAGAUGGUGGUCAGGGGCGACCACACGUUUGCCGACAGCUACAUCACCGUGCUGCCCAAGGGCACAGAGUUUGUGGUCUUCAGCAUCGACGGCUCCUUUGCCGCCAGCGUGUCCAUCAUGGGCAGCGACCCCAAGGUGCGGGCCGGGGCCGUGGACGUGGUGCGGCACUGGCAGGACCUGGGCUACCUCAUCAUCUAUGUGACGGGCCGGCCCGACAUGCAGAAGCAGCGGGUGGUGGCCUGGCUGGCCCAGCACAACUUCCCCCACGGCGUGGUGUCCUUCUGCGACGGGCUGGUGCACGACCCGCUGCGGCACAAGGCCAACUUCCUCAAGCUGCUCGUCUCGGAGCUGCACCUGCGCGUGCACGCGGCCUACGGCUCCAGCAAAGACGUGGCGGUCUACAGCUCCCUCAGCCUGUCCCCCAUGCAGAUCUACAUCGUGGGGCGCCCCACCAAGAAGCUGCAGCACCAGUGCCAGUUCAUCACCGACGGCUACGCGGCUCACCUGGCCCAGCUCAAGUACAACCACCGGGCCGCGGCCGGCCCGCAACGCCGCCACCCGCACUGGCGGCUGCGCAAGGGCAGCUUCGGCCUGCCGGGCCAGGGCGACUUCCUGCGCUCCAGGAACCACCUGCUGCGCACCAUCUCGGCCCAGCCGGUCGGGCUCGGCCACCGGCACGAGCGGACGCAGAGCCAGGCGGAGGGCGAGCGUGGGCAGCGCAGCAUGAGCGUGGCCGCCGGCUGCUGGGGCCGCGCCAUGGCCGGCCGGCUGGAGCCGGGGGCCGCCGCGGGCCCCAAGUAGGGCCAGCGGCCGCGAGGCGCCGCGGGGUCUCCAUGGUUGCUAGGGCCGGGCGGCCAGCCCCGCGGGAGGCCUGGCCCGGCACGCGGCCUUUGGCUGGGGACAAGCACAGACUCGGGCCUGAGGAUGGCAGCCCGGAACUCGUCCCAGGGUCGUGCCCACCCAGACCUCCCCACCCUGCUUCUUGUCAGAGGCUGGGAACGGUUCCACUGGGUCUGGGAAGCUGGAAGCACCACCGGCUGGGGCAGAUGAAGGGACCAGGAUUUCCCCCACCCUGUUGGUCCAGAAGGCACUCCUGGAUGUCUUGCCCUGCAUUUAUCUCCCAGCAUCUGGACACCAGGCAGGGCCAGGCCCAGCUGGCCACCUCCCUGUCCACCUGGCUUGUCCUCAGCCCAGGUCCUCUCCCUUUGGGUAGCAGCUCCACUGGGGGUCCAGCCUGCUUCUUGCUAACUCUCGAGUUCCUCAACUGUUCAACCUCACUGGUUUUGCACUGAUGUGGAGAGCGGAGACCAUUUUCCAUCUCCUGUGGCUACAGACUCAGUGUGCAUGAAAAUUCACUGCUGAUCCAGGCUCGGUUACCAUGCAGAAGGCUCCAGGGCAGCAGAUGCUUGUGCAAGCAGAAGAGAAAAGCCGUAUCUUAAUUUCUGCAGCCCGGCCUGGCCAGCAGCGCCUCAGCAGCCCCGGCCCUCUGCCCACCCACCCCCCGGGCAAGGCCCUCAUCUCCUGCCCUGGGCAAGGCCGGUGGAGCCCAGAGCCUGUCCCGAGCAGCCCCAUGUGGGCUGCGGAGCCCGGACAGCCUUGGGCCUUCUCUUCGGCUCCUUGCCUGCCUCCAGUCGGCCCCAUCUGCGGCCAUCCCCUGCGUUUCUACGCCUUUCUACUUCUCAGAUCUGAUUUCUAUGAGGUUUUUUUAAACAAGCAAACCUUGGCUGCUUCCUUUUCUUAACUCUUUCAGUACGAAGCGCAGCCCCUCCACAUCGAAAACACCCAGCACUGUGACGGAGUCCAGCCUGGCUCUGGAUCCCUAGCCCAGAGGGCCCUGCCCCUGCAUGUGCAGGGGGACACGGGCUCCCUGCCUCAACUUACCCCUCAUUAAUCCCUCUGAAUUUCUACUCUGGGGUGGGUGGGGCACACACUUAAGUUUUUUAAACGCCAAUUCCGUUUUAAUGCCGAAUCUAAGAAGCCACAACUUGCUUCAUUAGCUUAAGGGCGGGCAGCCAAGACUGCAUUCCCACCUGGAAAGAACCUCGCUGUCCUGCACGCCGGGACAGCAUCACCCCACUCACACCAUCCCCAGAACUGACAGCCCAGCUCAGGAGUUCGGCGUGGCCUCCACCUUCUGUGGGCUGGGGGAGCCUGGCAGGCCUAAGCUAGGGGCCCAGCGACCAAGCCCCAUCCCUGGGCAGCUGCCGCCCAUCGGGAUAUGGCCUCAGGGCCACGUGGGCUGGGACAGGGAGGUGCACAGAUCGAUGUUAACAUUUUCCUGUGUGUAGAUAUGUACAGCCAAAGGGUCAUGUAAAUGCUCUGCAAAGUGGUUCUAUACAAGGUAAAAGCUAUUUAUUUUGUGCAGAGAAAAAUGUGUGGAGAGAUGGAACCUUCAGGGUUUAUUCAUAUUUAAGAUGUAGCUUUUUGUUGUUUCCGGUGUCAUGUAUAAAGCCACAAUUAUUUUAUGGACCAAGUUUUAACAUAGCUGUUGCAGCAAAAGUGCAAUAUCUGACUCCCCUCUGCUCCCCAAUGGGAAACAGCUCGGCUGACAAUCACAGCCCCGACCAGGGGCCCCUGUUGCCAGUGCCUCCUCCCCUCCGGGGUCCCCUCUCACCCUGUCUUGCCUCCCGCUUCAGUGGCCAGCCAUCUGCAGAAGCACUCAGAAGAGUCUUGGGCCCGCCUGCAAAUAAUGGCCAGAGGCCUCCUGCCCGGAGCCCGUGUGGGCAACUGCUCAGCCCCUCCAGUGGGUGCUGCCUCCCCACGGCUCCACGCCCCUUGCCCGUCUGCCAGCCAUGCCAAGGACAACAGCAAUAGUGCCCGGGCCUCUCCCACCGGCCCUUAGCCAUAGACGGCGAGACGGGCAGCCCCCUCCUGUUUCUUUUCUGUAUCUAGGUCUGUUUCUGCUCCCUUAAAAUUCCUUUUGGCACAUUCUCUUUUUUGAGGAAGCACCAGUUUUUCAGAAACUAAGAGAGGGAGGGCAAAGUCCUUUAAAAAUACCAAAAAUGUUUACAGCGUCGGGUGCUGAGCUGCAGAGCUCAAGCCUGACCCAUCGUAACCAAAGGGUGAGGCAGGCCUCUGCUGACUGCCAGCCCCCCCCAGGCCUGUUAGAGUAGAAGCCUUAUGCCCCCCACCCCCCAGGACUGAGCCCCAGCCCGCUGCCCCUGAAUCCCACCACCUUCUCUGAUGCCUAAAGAGGAAUUUAGCGGAGACACCCCUCACCCCCCCGGCUCAGUCUGCCCGCCCGCCGCCACGUCGCAGUCUUUAUGUCUCGGCCCCCUCCUGUCUGUCCCUGUGCCGUCUGUCUCUGGGCCAGUGUGUGCGCAGUGUCCUAACUCACCCACCCACCCUUGCUGUCCUCGUACCAUCGGGCCUGAGUGUGCUCUGUAUACAGUGUCAUUGUCUGUUACACCAAUUAAAGAAGCAGGAAGGCUUC